AUGGAGGUUGACCUGGAGAGGCCCCUGAUAGACCCUGAAAGCUUCAACCGGGAUGAUAUUGACCUGGUGAGAGGCUGUAAGGAGAGAAUUCGACGGGAGUGGGGCCUACAUUGGUAAACUUACCGGAUUGGGCCUCUGCAGGAACGGCUCCCAUUGGAGGAGGUCUUCGAGCAGCUCAGGACGUCGAGGGAAGGUCUCUCCUCCGAGGAUGCUGAGGCUCGCCUGGUGCUGUUCGGCCCGAACAAGCUCGAGGAGAAGACUGUGCGUUGACUUCUCUUUGACAUCAUGUGGGCGGGGCAUUUCCAAAUUAGGAAGAGAAGAAGACCACAAAAGAAAAGAAAAGAAAAAAAAAAAAGAAGCAUAUCACGCAUGAAGAAUACCCAGAACCAGGGAGCUGAGAAAUAUUUCUAAUCUGGGCACGUUGUGUUCUGUUUUUUUUGGUCAACGUAGGAGAACAAGUUUCUGAAGUUCCUGGGCUUCAUGUGGAACCCUCUUUCAUGGGUCAUGGAGGCGGCGGCAGUGAUGGCCAUCGUUCUCGCCAAUGGCGGAGUGAGCUCACAGCUGAAUCCUUGAUUUCCCCUCACAUCAAUUCAAAAUACUACCAAUAAUAGUAGUAGUAGUAGUAGUAGCAGCAGUCAACCCCUUCUGAUUACCUCUCAUUUCAGGGUCAAGGACCCGACUGGCAAGAUUUUGUGGGCAUCAUCUGCCUCCUGAUCAUCAACUCCACGAUUAGCUUCAUCGAGGAGAACAAUGCUGGAAAUGCUGCGUCGGCACUCAUGGCUCGUCUGGCUCCUAAAACAAAGGUGGAAAAUUUUGACCAAGGUCAACGAAGAACAUUGGGCUAUUUAUAUCUUUCAUAUAGAUAUUAAUUACGUUAUUGACCAGUUUACUCACGAUCCAGGUGAUUAGAGAUGGUCAAUGGCAGGAGCGCGAUGCGGCGAUUCUAGUGCCAGGGGAUAUAAUAAGCAUAAAACUUGGCGACAUCAUACCUGCAGAUGCCCGUCUGCUCGAGGGAGACCCACUGAAGAUCGAUCAGGCAAACUCCCUGAAAAAAAAAAAAAAAUUUUUUAGAGGCAUUUACUUGGUUUUCUCCACAGUUUGCUAUUUUCAGUCAAUAGAUGUCAGAUAUCAACCCAUAGAUAGGGUAAUAAAAUCGGAACUCAUGGUCUGUUCUUCCCCAAAAUGUUGCAGUCAGCGUUGACCGGGGAGUCCCUUCCUGUCACGAAGAGGACCGGCGACCAGAUCUUCUCUGGCUCCACCUGCAAGCAAGGGGAGAUAGAGGCAAUUGUGAUAGCAACCGGAAUCAAUUCCUUCUUCGGGAGAGCAGCACACUUGGUUGACUCCACUGAAGUUAUUGGGCACUUCCAAAAGGUGAUGCAUGCGCUAAUUUUAGAACAGUUGACUCUGGGCUUGAUUUUCAAUGACAAAAACUUACCUGUUUCCUGCUUUUCUCAGGUUCUUACCUCAAUAGGAAACUUUUGCAUAUGCUCAAUAGCCAUAGGGAUGCUCCUAGAGAUCAUAGUCAUGUUCCCUGUCCAGCGUCGGACGUACAGAGAUGGAAUAAACAAUCUUCUGGUUCUACUGAUAGGAGGCAUACCCAUUGCUAUGCCCACUGUGCUAUCAGUCACACUGGCAAUCGGCUCCCAUCGCCUUUCUCAACAAGUAAGAGCCCUAGCAUUCACCCUCUUCCGGGUAGAUUUGCCAAGGAAAGUUUUUUGAAAAAAAAAAGCAUGUGGCUGUCUUCAGGGUGCAAUCACCAAGCGAAUGACAGCAAUUGAAGAAAUGGCUGGAAUGGAUGUUCUGUGCAGCGACAAGACUGGAACUCUCACCCUCAAUCAUCUCACUGUGGAGAGAAAUCUUAUUGAGGUAUGAGAUAUAUUCGUUCCUUGUAUGAAUAAUUCCAUGGAAAAAUAUCAUUUAACAAAGCAUAUAUCGAUAUUCUCAAAUAUUUUUAUACCAUAUACCCACCUAGGAAUUUGUGACUUUCUGAGGUAUUUUUAUAUCCAAAAUCACUUGGAAUCUAUCUCAAUUCAUCUCCAACCUGAUGACAAAACCUUCAUGCCCCUAUUGAGCCAAAGGAACGCAUUGAGAAUGUGAACCUCACAUCCACAGUUAUUUAAAAUCCAAAGAAUCUAAAGUUCAGGCAAAUGGCUUUGAUCCAGAUGUUCAAUGAUGACAUGGAAAAAGAUAUGAUCAUCUUGCUCGCUGCCAGAGCCUCGAGACUAGAGAACCAAGAUGCAAUUGAUACAGCCAUUGUGAACAUGCUUGCUGACCCCAAGGAGGUAGGAAUGAAACGUUGGGUUCUUUCCCCUUGAAAAGAUUGUUUCCUUUGACUAGUAUGAGUGAAUGGUACUUCUGCACACAGGCUAGAGCAAACAUCACCGAAGUCCAUUUUCUGCCCUUCAAUCCCGUUGAGAAGCGCACAGCAAUCACAUACAUAGACUCUGAAGGAAACUGGCAUCGAGUUAGCAAAGGAGCUCCAGAGCAGGUAUGAAAACACCCUGACCUGACCCUCAAAUGGGCUUUCUUUCAUGGAGGUUCUGUAACUAUAAAUCGUACGAAAAAAAAAAAAAAGCUUAGAAUUUACGGCAGAGGGUUGGCUUUAUUUUUCCAUCCAUUGAAUUCUACUCAAAGUUCUACCCCCUUGCUUUACCUGUAUAAUAUUUCCUAAUCCAUAUUUUUUUCAUGUUAUGCUAGAUUCUAAGCCUGUGUGAAGAAAAGGAGGCCAUAACUGGAAAAGUGCAUGCAGCCAUCGACAGAUUUGCAGAAAGAGGAUUACGCUCGCUUGGGGUCGCAUACCAGGUAAGAAAAUGACCGAAUGACUGCAACGAAACUCUUAGGAGAGACUUACAAACAGGAAGACUCUGACUUGGCCUUCUUGGGGUGACUCCUUCAGUUCAUUCCUGAGAGAUCUAAAGAGAGCUCAGGCGGUCCGUGGACGUUCUGUGGAUUGUUGCCACUGUUUGACCCGCCAAGACAUGACAGUGCAGAAACUAUCCGCAGAGCAUACAAUCUUGGAGUCUGCGUGAAGAUGAUAACCGGUAGACACUAGUUUUAUGUUGAUUUGAGAUCUACCCGCAGUUUUCUCUAUUGUUUCAUACUUCCCUUUCCCACAAGUGCCCGUCAGAUUGAGUUUUAGUAGCAACCACACUACUCUUCUAUUCUCCUGUUCAUGUGAUUGAAUGUAAAUUACCUAGCAGAAUUUCACAACAAACAAUGGUUUUCUAUGAGAAAAAAACUACUUCUAUAGAUCAUAAAUUUGAUGCAGAAUCUUAAAAGACACCUGAACAGAGAACCCAUUAGUUAGUUUCCAAAAACUAUGCUCAAGGAAUAGAACCUGCUGGCGUUGAGCCAUGCCCUUCGGAAUCGCCCUCUGUCUGCACCCUCGAAUAAAAGUAUGAGUGCACUCUUCUGACAGGUGACCAGUUGGCAAUAGCAAAGGAGACUGGUCGACGUCUGGGGAUGGGAACGAACAUGUAUCCUUCUUCAUUCUUGUUUGGUCACAACAGAGACGAAAAUGAAGCCCUGCCCCUUGAUGAGCUAAUUGAACAGGCUGAUGGUUUUGCUGGUGUAUUCCCGGGUAACUAUCUUCAUUCCAUGCGAUUUUCAAGAGACUUCUUGGUACUACUAGGUUCUUGGAAUCACGUUAAAAAUAAGGAUAUACGCCUGUGGUGACCUAUCCCUCUUUAUUUAGCUAACUUUCUUCGUUGGAAUUCUGCAAUGAUCAGAACACAAGUAUGAGAUUGUGAAAAUCCUUCAAGAGAAGAAUCACAUCUGUGGAAUGACCGGAGAUGGUGUGAAUGAUGCCCCAGCUUUGAAGAAAGCCGAUAUUGGAAUAGCUGUCUCUGAUUCCACAGAUGCUGCAAGAGGUGCUGCCGACAUAGUCCUGACAGAACCUGGGUUAAGCGUAAUAAUCAGUGCUGUCUUGACUAGCCGAGCUAUAUUCCAGAGAAUGAAGAACUAUACAGUUGAGCGUUGACUUUUUUUUCUUAUUUCUGUAUUUGAACUCAUAAUAGUGUAUUGACGACGCCAUCUGGUAUUUGCAGAUUUAUGCCGUAUCAAUAACUAUAAGGAUUGUGGUAUGUUUGUCUGGACCAUUUUGAGAAACUUGAGAAAAAAACUUGGGAGUAUACUCAUCUCCAAAUUGGUUUAUUCUUGCAGCUAGGAUUUGUACUUCUCGCAUUGAUAUGGAAAUAUGAUUUCCCACCCUUCAUGGUUCUUAUAAUUGCAAUUCUAAACGACGGUACAUCCUGUCUUUUCAACAUUGCUCUUGAUUAGAUGUAUCUAAAUGCUCAGUUGGGAACAUGGAAUUUCUUCUUUCACUAAAUAUGGAGGAGACUUAACAAGAUUAUGAAACACAUUGCUCAUCUCUACCUUGUCUGCAAACCAGGAACCAUCAUGACCAUUGCCAAAGAUUAUGUCAAACCGUCACCAAUGCCUGAUAGCUGGAAGCUUAAUGAGAUAUUUGCAACUGGCAUUGUCAUAGGGACAUACCUUGCACUGGUUACUGUACUCUUUUACUGGAUCAUCACAGAAACAAGCUUUUUUGAGGUUUGAACACUUGUUUCUUCAUCAUCUUUGGAUUUAUCAAAGGAAAAAAUAUCUUGGCAAUUUUCGCUGGUUACAUAAUUUCUCAUGUGGCUCUUUUGUGCAGACUUACUUUAAAGUGAGAUCUUUAAGUGACAGUGACGAAAAAAUCUCAUCUGCCAUAUAUCUACAAGUGAGCAUCAUCAGUCAAGCCCUCAUCUUUGUAACUCGUAGUCAGAGCUGGUCAUUCACAGAAAGGCCUGGGACUCUCCUCAUGUGCGCAUUUGUUGUGGCUCAAUUGGUGAGGCCUCCUUAGUGGCGCUUUUUCUUUCUAUCACUAGCAAAUUGGUAAACUAGUUCAAUAAAAGUACAAGUUUUACAUUACCGUGUUUAGUAUGAAGACUAGAGAUUCAGUUCGUCAUAACUUCCACCAGAGGAAUAGUGAUUUUCUAUAGUGAAUGCAGUUUCAGAACUUGGUGCUCAUUUCUUCAUUAUGCCAAUAAUUCAUGCUUCUAAUUCAUUUUUCCAUCCAGGUAGCUACCCUCAUUGCUGUUUAUGCAAAUAUCGAAUUUGCGUAUAUUCAUGGAAUUGGCUGGGGGUGGGCUGGUGUAAUAUGGUUAUACAGUUUAAUCUUCUACAUUCCCCUUGACAUCAUCAAGUUCACAGUUCGAUAUGCACUCAGUGGGGAAGCAUGGAACCUGCUGUUUGACAGGAAGGUAGGAGCCAUUUCCAAGUCCUCACAAUUCUUAUUCCCCUCUCCGUAUCCUGCAAUUCCCACAGCAUUGAUUGUCUCAUUAUUAGCUGGUAUUAUUUGUAGAUCUUAAUUGUACUAUCUAUUUAUAGAUUGAAAUGAGAGUCUACACAACUGUGCAUGAGUGCAUCUAUUUCCGUCCCUGUAGUUUUCAUACAGGUAUAUAAUCCCUGUAUGCCUUGCAUUCAUCGUUAACAGACGGCUUUUACAACAAAGAAAGAUUAUGGAAAAGAGGACAGGGAAGCAAAAUGGCUACGUUCACAGAAAAGUCUUGAAAGGAUUUCUGCCACAGAUCUGGAAAGAGAAGGCAGAAGGUCAACCCUGAUGGCAGAGCAGGCAUUGAGACGUGCUGAAAUAGCCAGGUAAUAAUUCUGACAAAUUUAUUCGUUCAUAAGCGAAACACAAAUACCAUCUCCAAGGUUUUUUCCCCAUUCAUUCUUCUAUAAGCUUCCACGACCUGCCUUCCCAUAUUUUCCUCUCGUCUUCAGCCCCCCUUUCAAAAUUGUGCCUUAACUUGGUGCAAUUUUCCUGUGUCAUGCAUGUAAAACUAGAACAUCUCAUGUCCCAAUGAUAUUGCACACCACUUGACAAGUAACCAGUUAGAAAAAGAUACCGUCUUGUGCUAUGCAAGACAUCUCUAACUUGGUUAUUGACGUUAUAUUAUGCAACAUGUGAUCUAAUUCAAUAUUAUGUGAAAAUUUCCGCAGGUUGGGGGAAUUGCAUUCCUUUAGAGGGCAUGUUGAAUCCUUUGUGAGGUUGAAGAACUUGGACAGUAUUUCCAUCCAGACAGCUCGUACAGUUUGA